AUGGUAACCUACCAUCCCUCCCUGUCCCUGCUCCGCCCAUCCGUCCUCACCGCCCGGGCCAGCGUCAUCGGCCGGUGCCCAACACCCAACGCCUUUGUGUCCACCCCCGUCGUCUCUGCGGUGCCCCUUCGCCUGCGGCCUCUGCGCGCCGCCGCCGGUGGAGCAGCCUCGCCGGUCGGUGGCGAUAAUGGAGGCAAACGCGCGGUUCCGCCUUCCGCGCUGCUCGACUUCGCGCGUAGCAACUUCCUCCCGCUUGCUCUCAUUAGUGGGGUCAUACUCGGUCUCCUAGAUCCUACUCUUGGAUGCCUUGCUCACGAAUACUCCCUGUCGAAGUUCAGCACUUUUGGGAUAUUCGUUAUGUCAGGACUGACCCUGCGAACUAAGGAGCUUGGUACAGCAUUAGAAGCUUGGCCUGCUGGAUUAUAUGGACUAGGAUCUAUUUUGCUGCUUACACCCUUUGUUUCUCAAUUUAUCAUGCAAGUUCAGUUCUUCCCUCGUGAAUUUAUCACUGGAUUAGCUAUAUUUUGCUGCAUGCCAACAACAUUAUCAAGUGGAGUCAUACUAACACAGCUUGUUGGUGGUAAUUCUGCACUUGCUCUUGCAAUGACAGUUGCAUCCAAUUUACUUGGCAUUAUAAUUGUACCUCUUUCUCUUGCAAGAUAUAUUGGCACUGGAGCUGGGGUGUCUUUGCCUACUGAGAAGUUAUUUAGAAGUCUGGUCACCAGACUUCUAAUCCCUCUUAUUAUAGGGAAGGUUGCUCGAGAAGCCUCAAAAGGUAUUGCUGAUUUUGUUGAUAGAAACCAACAAGGAUUUUCAGUUGGAAAUGCAGUUCUUCUCAGCCUAGUCCCAUGGAUUCAAAUAAGUAGAUCAAGAUCAUUGAUCUUAUCUGUUCAAGUGGAAGCUUUUGCUGCUGCUAUUACUGUUGGAGUGCUUAUACAUCUUGCGCUGUUGGCUUUCAACAUUGCAAUGUUGCAUAUCUUGUCACGUCUUGGAAAGAAAGGGGAUUCAGUCUUUGCAAAGAAAGAGUACACACGAGCUGUCAUUUUGGUGUCCAGUCAGAAAACAUUGCCAGUGAUGAUAACUGUGGUUGAGCAGCUUGGAGGAGCCCUUGGGGAGCCCGGACUUCUAGUCAUCCCUUGUGUUUUUGCACACAUUAACCAGGUUCUCAUUGCAAAGACAUAA